AUGUCGUCGUCAAUACACGCCGACCCGCCUCCGCCUAUCGUCACCGAGCCUACCGGUGUCAACUAUGCCACUGGACCAGCGCUGGGAAAGGGUGGUUUCGCUAUCUGUCACCGCGCGGAGAGAUACGAUGGGAGCAGACCGACCGGUCAGAUCGUUGCUCUGAAGAUUGUCAAGACGAAGAUGGAGCCGGCGAAGCUCGCUCAGAAGUUCGUCACGGAACUCCAAAUACACAGCAAGCUCUCACAUCCGAACAUCGUUACCUUCUACCGCGCCUUCGCCUUCCAGACAAGCACAUAUGUCGUCCUCGAACUCUGCUCCAACGGAUCGCUGGCCGAUAUGCUGAAGAAGCGACGACACCUGACUCUUCCCGAGAUCAGACGCUUGGUGAUUCAAGUCUGCGGUGCAGUCAAGUAUCUACACAAUCGUCACAUCGUCCACCGCGAUCUGAAGACCGGGAACCUGUUCUUGGAUGCGAACAUGAAUGUAAAGGUUGGAGACUUUGGACUCGCGGCGCUACUGGUGACAGAACGAGAGAUGGAAGUGCGGAGACGAACAACAAUGUGCGGCACACCCAAUUAUCUCGCGCCGGAAAUUCUGGAGAAGGGCAAGGGACACGACGAAAAGGUGGACCUCUGGGCAAUCGGUGUCAUUGCAUACACAUUAGCUGUUGGCAAGGCUCCCUUCCAUGCCAGCACGAAGGAGGAGAUUUACAAAAAGCUGCGGUCCGGAACAUACAGCUGGCCAGAGCUGAGCGCGACAUCGAACCAGAGCUCAGAUUUGAGAGAUCUGGUCUCAAGUCUGUUGGUUGAAGAACAGGAGAGACCAAUCCCGGACGCGAUCGCCAGUCACAACUUUUUCAAAAUUGCUUUUGUACCUUCAAGUAUUCCAGCCUCGGCGAGGACAGUCGCACCAACAUGGCCAGAGGUGACGCUACCAUCAGCAAACGACAUCCGAAGAGGUUACACUAGUGGAUGGUACGAAUUAUGCCGAGAAUCUGGUGUCGGCGAAUACACGGCAGGUCAAUGUUUCCAGCUAUACAACGGUGGGCGUAGGGUGCGUAGCGUUGUGCACGACAUUGCAGCGGAGGAGAAGGAGGGUAAUACCCCGACCAUGCCGAUUCCGAAGGACAAGGUGUACAUGUCACCGAUCAACGACUUGGACAGCUCGGAUGGUGGCGUUGCUCUACCGCCAAACGAAGAGAUGAACAAGAGCACCAGCAGAGGACUCACGGAGCUGUCGCACAACGAAGUAGCCAGCACGAGACCUCGUCAAGCUGCGACCGAAAGGACACCAAAGGAUGCGGAGUUGAUGCCUCCGCCCAAUGCUUCUGUACGUGGCACUGGACGAACAGGAUCAGUCCGAAGAGCAGCACGAACCAUCAGUGAAGAGGCUGCGAAAUCAGCUGAGUCGACCAGGCCUGCGGCAAGCAGCUCAGCGAGUGUACCUCUUGCUCGCACCACAACAUCAGCGCUGAAGGAGCUGAACCAGUCUUCCUCUACAACCUAUCAAACAGCAGCGACAUUACGGGUUCCUGAGGAGAAAUCAUCGCGAGCAGCGACGACGACACCGCCUUCAUCAUCCUCCGCACCAGCCGCAAACCUCCACCUCUCCAAAGCACCUCAAAUGUCCCGCCGCCUACCACAACCCCAACGGCGCGACGACCUCUCCCCUUCAAUCCCCCACACCGACCCAACAACAGUCCUCGACAGAAUCUCCACCUUCCGCGACAACCUCUCCGCCGCCCUCUCCUCCUCUUCAUCAUCCACAACUUCCAUCUCCCCCACCCACGCCGAAGACCUCCCCUUUGUCUCCCGCUGGGUCGACUACUCCCGCAAACACGGCAUCGGCUACGUCCUCUCCAACGGCACAGUCGGCUGCAUCAUCAACGCCUCCACCUCGCGCUCGGAUCCCUCCAAAACUCACCCCGUUACCCACGUCCUCGCUCGCAACGGCCAGUACUGGCUCAACCGCAUCUCCCGCGACAAGAAAUUCACCAACCUCGACGCCGUACCGCUGCAAUUCUUCGAAGACCAUGGCGCGGCGGGAUUGCAGCGAAAAGUCUUCAAGGGACUGGGAAGUGUCAAGGAAGGUCCGCUGGCGGACGAGGCGGAGCGGAGACGUGUGCUCGCUGUAUUGUGGGUGAAGUUUGGGAGGUAUAUGUGCCAGUCGCUUGAGGGGAGUACCUCAGAAACAGACACCCAGGCUGAGGAAGAUGUCCCGCCUCCCUCUUCUCACGGCGCGGACGCGAACAAAGAAGAAGUCUUCGUCCGGUUUUACCAACGUCUCGGCGGGGUCGGGGUAUGGGUCUUCGCGGACGGAUGCGUACAGGUCCAUUUCCCGGACCACACGAAAUUCGUACUCUCGAGUUUGGCGAGGAGUGUCUCCGCUACGUUGCUUUCGAUCGAAGGCGCGGCGCAAGCGGCUAAGGGCAAGGAGUUGCUACCCGCUCAUGUGAAUAGUCGGAUGGUGGUGCAGGAUUCCGUGGGGGAGUUGUUGGCUACGAGUGGACCGGGACGGGUGAGGCAGAGACUGGUGAGAGUGAAUCGGGUGAGGGAGAAGUUGGACUUUGUAGGAUUGGUCGUGGAGCAAUGGGAGAGGAACGGAGGACUGGGCAUCAUGGAUGAGGAUGUUGGUUCGGGGGAGAGGUUGGAGUGGGAUGGUGGUGUUGUUGUUGGAGGGGAGGCGAAGGGAAAGGUGGAGAGGGUGGAGAGGGUUACUGUUGGGAGGUUUGGCGGGGAUAAGUGA